UAUAACAAUAACUGAUAUUGAUUAAAUUUGACCAGUAAAUUACUUGAAAUCAAAAGGUGGGGUAUUCAAGAAAAUUUGAAUAUUCUUAUAAGUUUCAAUUUAGAUAAUGUCAAUUUUUUUCUUUUCUAUAAUAAAUAGAACCCGAUAUUCUAAGGGGGCUUAUAAUAAGGGUUUGUUAUUGGCAAGAAAACCACAACCAAACAAUAUCAUAAAAGCAAAAAGUGGUUUCUGUUAAAAUAUUCUAUUUCUAUUUGUAGUGAAUAUGGAGGCUUACGCAGGUGUAGAAUUUCUCGAAAAUAGUGAAAUAGCUCUGGUCCACUCAAAAUGGCUCACUCCUACAAAAAGGCAUACUUUUUGGCCCCCUUAUAAAACUUCAGGGCCUUUUAAUAAAUCUCUAACUAUUGCCGAAGAACCUGAUGAACCUUGGAAGUUGUAUCCUAUCAAAAGAUUGCUUUUUUACUGUGACAACCUGGAAAAGGCCAGAAAGAAAUUAAAGAAGUGGGAGGAAACUUCAGAUAUACAAUCUUCAGAGUCGGACUUUGAAACAUUACGUGUAAAAAGAAGGUUAAAAGCUAAGAGAUGCUUGUCAGAUUCUACCAGUGAGGAUGAGGAGCCUAGCAAAAAACUAAAAAGACCCCCUUGCUUUCCUAACCUAAGAGCAGACUCCGGUUGUGGUAGCUCAGAUGUUUAUCAGGAGAUGACAAGUACUCCAACUAGACUCUCUAGUAGAAAAAAUUUGAAAUCGGGGGAAAUUUCAACUACUACACUUGAGAAUACACUACUUACCCUGCCAAAUAGGAUUAUUUUACCAAAUUCAGAUAUUUUAAAGUCAUCACCAUCAACAUCAAUAAUUAUAAGGGAAGAUAACACAUCAAAUGCUAACACUGAAAGUUUCUGUGAAAGCAAUACAACCAUUAGUGUAUCUUCAAAUGCUUUAGAGAAAAUUUAUAGGCAAGUUAAAAAGUUGGGAGAAGAACUAAAGGAAGUUAAAGGAUUGCUCAAACAAUCAAGGCAUCCCUCAAGUGUUCCUAGUUUGCCCAAUAAUCUACCAGUUGAACUUCCCUUAAAUUCUCAAGAAAAUUUACAAAUAUUAGAACACUAUCUAGGUGAAGAGGAAGCAUUUAAUAAUUUGGCCUUAUAUCUUUCAACACUUGGAGGUAAUGGCAUGGUAUCCUGUGUAAAUAAAAUUCUAAGACUUCUUCUAUCAGAUAUCUUAGCAACUGCUUAUAACUUUGCUGGGCAACGGAGUAAACAAGCAUUCGGAACAACAAAACUUAAUUCUCUUGUGAUAAGAGCUAUACAAGUUACAUCCCCAUUAACAACUAAAGCAGAAAUUGAAAAUGCAGUCAAAACUUGGCUGAAGCAUGCCAAGCAAAGAAUUGAUAAAAAAAGGAAGUCAUAUUGAUGAUGUUUUUUUAUGUGUCAUAUAGUGCAAUUUAUUUUGUAAGUAAACUUAUUCAUGUUAAAAAUGUUAAAACGAAAACAAAAAGAAUUUGUUGGGCCAAGACAAAAGUCUAGGCGAGCUUUAAAAGCUUCACAAGAUUUUGCUAAUACAAUAAAUGGGGAUGUUGCUAAUAAUAAUUCAUCUCAAAAUGCUAUUGUGAGACAUAUUUCUGAUAAACAGAUUGUCAUUAAAAAUGUCACAUUAAUUGCAGACAAAAAGAAUGAGCACACUUUAUCUAAAGUCUCUACCAGUAGUUGUAGUGAUACAUCUCUCUUAAAUUCUUCACUCUCAAUUUCUAGUAAAAAUUCUUCACCUGAGGAAAAAAGUGUUCUUCGUGAGCAGUUAGUUCAAUGGGCAACUUUAAAACAUAAAAUAUCUCAUUCUGCUUUGACAGAUCUUCUUCAUAUACUUUCACCCUACCAUCCUGAACUCCCUUUAAGUAGCCGUACUUUAUUGGCGACUCCUAAUUUUACCGAUAUGAACAAAUUGGAAACAGGUGACCUUUGUUAUUUUGGUAUUGAAAAUGCUCUCAAAAAAAUUGUUUUGCAUUCCCCUAUUGAUAGGCAACUUCAAAUAUGUUUUAAUGUUGAUGGUAUCCCACUAUUUAGAAGUUCAAAACUUCAACUUUGGCCAAUAUUAGGUUUAAUAAAAAAUAUACCUAAUAGUAUUGUUUUUACCGUCGCAGUUUUUUGUGGAAAAAGUAAGCCAAAACCUUUAAAUUUAUUUGUAAAAUCAUUUAUAGAUGAAUUAAAUUCUUUGCUGCAAAAUGGACUAGUUAUUGGAAAUGAUCACAUUAAUGUGUCAUUACACAGUUUUAUCUGUGACGCCCCUGCUCGAGCCUAUCUGAAGUGUACAAAAUCUCAUACAGGUUAUUCUUCUUGUGAUAAAUGUACAGUCCAUGGAGAUUAUUACAUGAAUAAAGUUGUUUUUGAUAGCAUAGAAUCUCAGAAACGAAGCGAUGAGUCAUUUCGUAUGCAGCUUGAUGAAGACCACCACAUUGCUGAAACCCCUUUAACACAGCUACCAAUUAAUUUGAUUAAAUGUUUUCCAACCGACUAUAUGCACAAUGUUUGCUUAGGAAUUGUUAAGAAACUACUUCAUACUUGGAUUGGGGGUUCUUUAAAAGUAAGAUUAUCGAGCCAUGAAGUUAAGGUAAUAUCCCAGCGGCUGCUUGAUUUAAAAAAGUAUAUACCAAUGGAAUUUAACCGGAAACCUCGCACUCUUGAUGAAUUGUCAUAUUGGAAAGCUACUGAAUUUAGGCAAUUUUUACUUUAUUUAGGCCCUUUAGUUUUGACAGAUAUUUUAGAUAUAGCCAUUUAUGAAAAUUUUCUUGCUUUUCAUUUUUCAAUUUAUAUUCUAUUAUCAAAAAAGCAUAUUAAAAAAUUUGGAGUUUCAUUUGUAAGAAAUGUAAUAAAUAUUUUCAUUAAUCACUUAAAAACAUUAUAUGGCUUGGAAUUCAUGAUAUAUAAUGUUCAUUUAUUAUCACAUAUUUGUGAUGAUGUAGAAUCAUUUGGUGUUCUUGACAACUUUUCAGCAUUUCCUUUUGAGAAUUAUUUAGGACAAUUGAAGUCCCUAAUAAAAUCUCCAAUAAAUCCUAUACAACAGAUUCAUCGCCGGUUGGUUGAAAGAGAUUUAAUCAUUUCCAAAGGAAAUUCCCAGUAUGAUCAUCUCAAGCUUGUUCAGGAACAUACAAGAGGUCCAUUACCUAAUUUCAAUAGUGGUAUUAAAUAUCAUCAACAGUUUUCCAAAAUUAUAUUUCAUGAUACAACUUUUUCAGUACUGCAUCAUUCAAAGGCAGAUUGCUAUUGCUUGACCAAAAAUGGAAAUAAGAUUGUUGAAAUACAUAACAUUUUAAAAGCAGAUGACAAUAACAUUUAUGUUGUUGGAAAAGAAUUUAUUAGCUAUUCUGAUUUAUAUUCAUACCCCUAUCCCUCUAGCCACUUAACUAUUUUUGUUGUAAACAAUUUGUCAGACUUUAAAAUCUGGUCAAUUAAUGACAUUUUUGGCAAAUGCUUUGUUUUACCAUUUAGGCAAAAAGGUUGUGUUGCUAUUCCUAUUAUACAUAGUAUAAUGGGGUAAACAAAAAACAAAAUUCAUUGUUAAGUUUUCAGUGUAUAUACAUAUAUGGUGUUUUUCAACACAACAAAUACCUAUAAUAUUAAUAAUUAUUGUAUGAUAGAAUUUCACGCUUGUUUUAAGAAUUUUAAAUCUAAUUUGAACGUCAUUAUUUUCGAGUUGUACAGUACUUAAGUUCAGGUAUGUUUGCGGAGUUGCUUUAGACGCAAAUGUGA